UCAAAAUUUAUUGUCUCGAACUGAUUUGGUUUUAGAAGACAUGGUAAAUUUAAGAGACCCAAUAUUUUUAAAAAAAGAUAUUGAACUAUGUGAAAAUCUAACUAAUAAUUUUAAUCAUAGCAUUGAAAGCAGCAGUAGCAUUAAUAUAGAUUUUGAUUCAGAAAGUCUUGUUAACUUG